AUGCUCAGUAAUCCAUAUUUUAAGUCCGUUUUGUGGCUGAUUGGAUUUGGUGGAAUGGGCUACGGCUUAUUGGUGCUAACCGAACCGAGUGCCGAGAAAAUAGAACGCAUCAAAGCCUCAGGUUCGGGCUCAAAACUAAAUGCCGAUGACCAGCGAAAGGCCUUGUUUAUGAAGAAACUGCAGGAAGCGGCUACCACCAGUACUCCAGUCUACAGACCAUCGCCCGACAAGACGGAUAGUUAGAGCUUAUUUUCAUGUCAAAUUCACCAAUUUGUUAUAUUUUAAAAUAAAAUGUUAAGCAUUUAAUAUUUACAGAA